CACACAAACCAACACUGACAUCACAGGGGCACAGAGGUCAGGGGAGGAGACGGAGAGCCCUCUUUAAGAUCACCGCGCUCUCCCAACCCCCCUCCUCCUCAUCGCCCCCCCCCUCUCUCUCCUCUCUCUCUUUGCAUUGUGUCACUCUAGACCAGGUCGUAGGUAACUAGCAAUUGAGGUCUUAAAUUCUUGCUCGAGGUGAAGCAAGGCACGCUGAUGCAGGAGCUGAAUCGCGAGGUGCCUUGAGGGUCUUGCCAAGGCUUGCGAGGUUCCAUUUUGCUUCCACCCCUGAGCUUGCAGUUGCGUUUGAGUGCACCUCUGAGGCUUCUGAUUGGCCCUCGCGCUCCGUACUUAAAGCUCACGGUCUCGUCCAUGGUGCUGGGGCUUGCAAGGCUUGCUGGUUCUUGCUAGCUGCUGCUUCUUGGUCAUCGAACUGAAGAGUGCUGUGCAGUUGGUCUUGGUCCAGUGUUCUUGGCAUGUUCCUGAGAUCGAAGAUCCAGGAGAUGAUCCUGAGAAGGAGGUCCAGGUCGAUGAACAGCGGCGCCGCCGCGCAGCGGGGCCACGCCUCCGAUCAGCUCGCGAGCUCGUCGACGGUUCCAUGCGACGGCGACAGCGCCGGCGCCGGCGGCAGAAAGAGUGCCACUGCGCGUGCCCUGUUCGCCUCCCCGAGGCUGUUGCACUCUUCCUCCCUGCCCACCGGCACCGUCUUCGCCAAGGGCCCCGUGCCGGACGCCGAGUCCGAGACGGCCUUCUCCAUGAGCCCGACCUCCGUGCUCGACGCGGCGGCGUCCUUCAGGUCCGGCACCGACGCCGCCGGCAGCAGCAGGCGCCGGCCGUGGCGGGACAACGCCCUGCACGGCCUCGCGGACGCGCUGGACUGCGGCGACCAGCAGCCGGAGGGGAUCGUCCUCGCCGCGACGUCGCCGUCGCUGCUGGUCAGGUCGUGCUCCCUGGACCGGCGCGUCGAGUUCGGCGUCAAGAACAAGAGCUCGUGGCUGCCCCUCCGCGCCUGCAGCGGCCGCGAGGCCACGCCGCCGGCGCCGGCCGACCCGUGGGAGAUGGAGCCGUCGUCGGAGGACUACACGUGCGUCAUCUCCCGCGGGCCCAACCCCAGGACGGUGCACAUCUUCGGCGACCGCGUCGUGGAGGCCGGCGCUGCGGAGGCCAGCGCCGCGGAGAGCUCGCCGCGGCCGAUCAACCUGCCGGCGCGCGGCGACCGGGGCUUCUUGAGCCUGUGAUCGAUCGGCGCCUGCCUGCGUAGUCUGUUUGAUGCCUAGUAGGUAAAGAAAUUUGAGUCUGCUGAGUGCUAUUAUUAAGUUCAGCCUUGAUGUUGCCGUAUUGUAUUGGUUGUUCUUCAGUCUGAUCAGAUGAUCAUAGAUGUUUUGUUGAUCAGAUGAUGUGCUAGACGUUUUGUUCAGGUUGAGCUGAAGCUGUCAUAUAUGAAGUAAUUUCAUCAUGCUGUUACAAAGACAAA